GAUGGAACUGAAAAUGGGGGAGCAAGUUGAUGAAGUGAAUCAGCCAGCACAUGAGCUCUCAACAAGAAACCACAAAGGUGGCUUAAUCACAAUGCCUUUCAUUAUAGGAAAUGAGGCAUUGGAGAAGGUGGGGAGCUAUGGAUUGGUGCCAAACAUGAUACUGUAUUUGAUGAAUGAUUACAAGAUUGGGGUGGCAAAAGGCACAAACAUACUCUUUUUCUGGUCAGCAGCCACCAAUUUUGCUCCAAUUUUUGGGGCAUUUCUCUCUGAUUCAUAUCUGGGUCGGUUCAGCACCAUUGCUUUGGGUUCUCUCUUUUCCCUUCUGGGCACCUUCCUACUAUGGUUAACAACAAUGGUUCCACAACUAAAACCACCUUCUUGCAAUCAAUCAACUUCAACCUGCAAACCACCCACAAAUUCCCAAUUUGCCUUCUUGAUCUUUGCCUUCAUAUUCAUCUCCAUGGGAGCAGGUGGUGUUAGGCCAUGUUCAUUAGCAUUUGGUGCAGACCAAAUCCACAAGAAGCAUAACCCCAACAAUAAAAGGGCAUUGGAAAGCUUUUUCGGUUGGUAUUACGCCGCCGGUGCCACCGCCGUCUUGAUUGCGUUUACGGGGAUCGUUUAUAUCCAAGAUCAUGCCGGAUGGAAGGUCGGUUUUGGGGUUCCGGUUGUUUUCAUGUUGUUGUCAUCCAUUUUGUUCUUUGUAGCUUCUUCGCUUUAUGUCAAGACGAAAGUCGAGAAGAGCGUGUUCACUAGCUUCGCACGAGUGAUUGUUGUUGCGUAUAAGAACCGUAAGAUCGUUGCCGGGACUGUCGAUUCCAAUCGGUGGCAUUAUCGUCUUAAGGAUUCGAACACCGUCCCCACCAAGAGACUCGGGUUCCUGAAUAAAGCUUGCAUCGUUCAGAAUCCGAAAGACCUCACACCGGACGGAAUUGCUUCGGAUCCAUGGAGUUUAUGCACCGUCGAACAAGUCGAGGAGCUAAAAUCACUAAUCAAAGUUCUCCCGAUUUGGUCAACGGGCCUCAUGAUGUCGAUAAAUGUAAGCCAAUCAUCGUUUCCGGUAAUCCAAGCAACGACCAUGGAUCGACAUCUCGGCACCUCAAGCUUCCAAAUUCCCGCAGCCUCCUUCGCCUUCUUCACCAUCGCUACGCUAGCAAUUUGGGUCGUUCUAUACGAUAGUUUAAUAAUCCCGUCUGCAUCAAAACUUGUCGGAAAACCGGUUCAUCUCGGUGUUAAACUCCGAAUGGGAAUCGGUCUCGUAAUUUCCACCAUAGCCAUGGUGAUUUCCGCCAUUGUUGAACAUCUUCGAAGAAGAAAAGCGAUCGAAGAAGGACUUGUGAAUGAUCCUCAAUCCGUCGUAAACAUGUCGGCAAUGUGGCUAGUUCCGCAGUAUUGCCUCCAUGGAUUAGCAGAAGCUUUUAGCGCGAUCGCGCAGAACGAAUUCUAUUAUUCGGAGUUCCCGAAAAGCAUGUCGAGCACGGCAGCUUCACUGUUUUUGGUCGGGAUGGCGGUGGCUAACUUGUUGGCUAGCGGUAUAUUAAGCACGGUGGAGAAUCUAACCAAAACAAGCGGCCAAGAAGGGUGGAUCUCGACCAAUAUCAAUCGGGGCCGGUACGAUGCUUACUAUUGGGUUCUUGCGUUAAUGAGUUUCGGCAAUUUGUUCUAUUUCGUUGCGUGUAGUUGGGCCUAUGGACCAUGUACACAUGAAACGGUGAACGAGAAUGACCCGAGUGACGGUUUAGAAAACCCGAGAUCGUUAGCGUGCCGAUGAACCGACUGAAAUCUCGGUAUCUAGUUUUCUCGUUGUCGAGUUUAGAAAAUUGAAUCUUGCAAAUAUUAGAUGUGUUCGAAUGAAGCUUGUA